AUGGACCACGUCGCGUCGCUCGCGUCGCGAGCCGCGACGCUCGCCCGCGUCGACGCGAACGCGCGCGCGGGCGCGACGUCCUCGUCCUCGUCAUCUCGCGGCGGCGGACCUUCCUCCGUCGCGAUCCGACUCGGGUGCCAAUGCCCUAGGCCCCGCCGCGGGACGAAGCGAGACGCGCGCGUCCGUCUCGCGUCGACCGCGUCGUCCCGCGGCGGGUUCGCGCUCGCGCCGAGCGGGCUCGCGCCCCCGGGGAUCUCCUCGCCGCUGCCGACGCGACGCGCGCGCCGUCGUCACGACGGCCGCGCGCCGUGCACGCCGAGCCGACGAUGCGCGAAGUGCGAGGCGUUCUCGGACGGGCUCGGGUCGCGAGCCGCGGAGCUGCGAGAGUGCUGCCGCGAAGCCGCGGCGAGGGCGGCGAGGAAGGACACGCGGAAGACGCUCGUCACCGCCGCAGCGGUCGCGGGCGUCGCGACGGCCGCGUACGUCGCGUACGGCGGCGGCGGCGGCGGCGGCGGCGGGAACGGCGGACGGUUCGGCGGCGGCGGCGGCGGCGGCGGCGGCGGCGGCGAGCGAUCGACCUCGCGCGUCCACGCGUCCGGGGCGACGUCGUUCGAGGAGACGGGCGCGCCCGCGACGGGUUUCCUGGAAGAGGUCGUCAUGCUCGACGUGCGGGGGAUGCACUGCGGCGGGUGCGCGGCGAACGUUCGAAGGAUACUCGAAGAGGACGGAAACGUGAGAGCCGCGAGCGUGAACCUCGCGAACGAGUCCGCGCUCGUGCGCGUGGGCGUGGACGUGGGGGAUGAUGGCAACGGCCCUCCCGGGGCCGUUUUCGAAGACAAAGUCGUGCGCGCGGUGCGGAAAAUAGGCGACGCGCUCGCGGAGCUCGUCACCGCGAAAGGGUUCCCGACGUCCGUUCGAGAGGCGUGCGGCGUCGCCGUGAGCGGCGUCACCGCCGCCGCCGCCGCGUCGUCCAAGCGCGAGGAACGGCUUCGAAGGAUCGAGGAGAGCACGAAGAGAGUCGUCGUCGCGUGGGCGCUCGCGGGCGCGUGCCUGAUUGGUCACGCGAGCCACAUGUUUCACGCGUCCGCGCCGUGGUUGCGGGUGUUUUGCUCCACGCCGGUGCACGCCGGGCUGUCCGUGUUCGCGCUCCUCGGCCCGGGAAGAGAGACGCUGACGGACGGGUGGCGGGCCCUGCGCGCGGGCGGGCCGAACAUGAACACGCUCGUCUCGUUGGGCGCGCUCGCGUCGUUCGGGAUGUCCACCGCCGCGGUGUUGCUUCCGCGGUUGCGGUGGCCGACGUUUUUCGAGGAGCCCGUGAUGUUGCUCGCGUUCGUGCUGUUGGGGCGAGCGGUCGAGGAGCGCGCGAAGUUGCGGGCGACGAGCGACAUGAGCGCGCUCCUGAACUUACUGCCGCCGACCGCGCGGCUCGUGCCCGCGGGGACGGCGGACGGGAAAGACGGUCGCGGCGGCGGCGGCGGCGGCGGCGGCGGCGAGUAUUACCGAACCGUCCCGACGUCGGUGAUCCAACCGGGCGACCACAUCGUCGUCUUGCCCGGCGAUCGCGUCCCCGUGGACGGCGUCGUCGUCGAGGGCGCGAGUCAGGUGGACGAGGCCGCGAUCAACGGCGAGCCGAUACCGCGCGCGAAACGCGCCGGAGACGACGUCGCGGCCGGGACGGUGAACUUGGACGGCGCCAUCGUCGUCAAGGUGAUCAACAGCGGCGAGGAGACGUCCAUCGCGGGCAUCGUGAGGAUGGUCGAGGCGGCGCAGCAGCGCGAGGCCCCCGUGCAGAGGCUCGCGGACGAAAUCUCCGGGAAGUUCGUGUACGGCGUCAUGGGCGCGAGCGCGGCGACGUUCGCGUUUUGGUCCACGGUGGGCACGAAGCUGUUCCCCGCGACGCUCGCCUCCGCGGUUGUCGCCGGCGCGAACGGUCCGCUGCUUCUCGGUCUGCAGCUCGCCGCGAGCGUGCUCGUCGUCGCGUGCCCCUGCGCGCUCGGGCUCGCGACGCCGACCGCGGUGCUCGUGGGGACGUCGCUGGGCGCGCGGCACGGGUUGUUGAUACGCGGUGGCGACGUGUUGGAGCGCGCGAACGAGGUGGACGCCGUCGUGUUCGAUAAGACGGGCACGCUGACGUUGGGCAGGCCGGUCGUGAAGCGCGUGAUCACGACGGAGGGGGGCGACCUCAGCGAGGACGACGUCCUCGCGCUCGCCGCGGCCGUCGAGAAGAACUGCCGGCACCCGCUCGCGCUCGCGGUCGUCGCCGCGGACGCCGCCGCGAACGCGAACGACGACGGCGGCGCAAAGAGGCGAAGACGACGACGCGAGCCGGAGGAGGGCUCGUUCGAGCAGACCCCGGGUUCCGGCGCGACCGCGGUCGUGGACGGGAAGACGGUCGCCGUCGGCACGCGCGCGUUCGCCGCGACGUCUUCCGCGCCGCUCCCCGCGGACGUCCAACGCGCGAUGGACGCGGUGUCCCCCGGACGGACGCCCGUGUUCGUCUCCGUCGACGGCGCGGUGGUGGGCGUCAUGGAGAUGGAGGAUCAGAUUCGCGCGGACGCGAAGAGCACGAUCGCGCGGUUGAAGAAGCGCGGGAUGCGCGCGCUGUUGCUGUCCGGGGAUAGACAAGAGACCGCGGAGAGCGUCGGGGCGGCGAUCGGGAUCGCGCCCGAGGACAUCUACGGCGACGUUCGACCGGAGGGGAAGGCGGCGUUGAUCGAGCGGUUGCAGAGCGCGGCGGGCGGAGGGAGAAAGGUGGCGAUGGUCGGCGACGGGAUCAACGACGCCGCCGCGCUCGCGAUGGCGGACGUCGGGAUCGCCAUGGGCGGCGGCGUCGGCGCCGCGUCCGAGGUCGCGAGCAUCGUGCUCCUCGGGGACAACCCCGCGCAGGUGUGCGACGCCAUCGAGCUCUCGAAGGCGACGUUCGCGAAGAUCAAACAAAAUUUAGGGUGGGCGUUCGCGUACAACUUGGUGGGGAUCCCGAUCGCGGCCGGGGCGCUGCUGCCGGCCAUGGGCGUCGCGCUGACGCCGUCCGUCGCGGGAGGGCUCAUGGGGUUCUCGUCCUUGGGCGUCAUGGCGAACUCGCUCGCGUUGCAGCUCGCGAGCAAGAGGUUGGGCGCGUUCACGGGCGCGGGCGCGCGAGACGACGACGCCGAGGGCAAGGGCGAGGACGAGGACAAGGACGACUAG